AUGGACUUUUGUAGUGAAUGGAAGACUGAUCCCUAUGAUCCACCUGUAACCGUUGUUUUAGAAUUCCUCGUUAGCCUCCAUGAAAAGGGAUUGACUUACACCACCAUCAAUACUGCCAGGAGUGCCGUAUCAGCAGUUACUAUACCCAAGAGUAACAUGACUGUGGGCAGUCACCCACUUGUUUCCAGGUUUAUGAAUGGUGUUUACAAGGAUUCUCCGCCAACUCCACGCUACCGGUCAACAUGGGAUGUAAAGCCUGUCCUAACUUAUCUUUCCUCCCUUCACCCUCCAGAGAAGCUUGAUUUAAAAUCACUCACUCUAAAGCUGGUUAUGCUGAUAGCCCUGGUCUCUGCACAAAGGGGACAAUGUUUUUAAAUUUGCUUGACCUUGGUUGUAUGAAAAAAGUGACUAAUGGAUUUGAAUUCUUGUUCAUGGAACAUGUCAAACAAAGCAGGCCUGGUUACCGAGCUCCAUCUGUUCUCCUGCAAGCUUAUCCUGCUGAUUUGUCACUCUGUGUGUCUACUUGCUUGGCAGAAUAUCUUGAGCGAACCAAGCCACUAAGGGGAGCGGAAAGUAAACUUUUUUAUUAG